AAAACACUGCAGCAGCCAUUCCACACAGUCCUUGCCGCUCCACUGCAGCAAUGUUCCGGCGUAUUAGCUGUCAAAAGGCGCUCGUUGCCGUUCUACUGCUGGUUUCUGGUGGAGCAAGUCAAAUGUUUAACCAAAACUGCACUGAAGACAUGACCGCCUGCUCCUGCCCAAAGAAUGACAAAGUCUGCUACUUUGAAUUUUCUGUGGAGCGACUCAUCACUUUUACCCGCUACGUCCUCGGCGCGCCCCUGGGAACAGCUGGAAAAUCUUAUUUCAUCAACGACUCUGGAGAACUGGAACAUAUUCCUCUUCCCCCUGACUCAACAGGAUGCAGCGACACUAACUGCACUCAAGCUAACACUGCCGACGGCGUAACGUACCGCACUUUUAUUGGAAUCAACGGAAGGCUGCCUGGACCAACGCUUGUCGUGUAUGAAGGCCAGACAGUGGUAGUGAACGUGAUUAACACACUCGUCACAGAGCCUAUAACCAUACACUGGCACGGUCUCGACCAAUUCAACACCCCCUGGAUGGACGGUGCGGAAAUAAUAACGCAGUGUCCGAUAGCGCCCGGGACAAGCUUCAGAUACAUCUUCAAGGCCAGUCAGGCGGGGACCUUCUGGUACCAUUCACACAGCGGCUUCCAACGGGGGGAUGGGUUGGCAGGGGGACUCGUCGUAAAGGACAGUUCUGACCCUGAAUACCAUAUAUUACUUUUACAGAUAUUCCUGAGGAACACACAGUCACUUUGCUGGACUGGCAAAGACAAAUAGGCACAGCGUGGUUCUGGAAGGGGCUGUCCAGACUGAGAAGAUUCUCUCCAUUGAAUGAGCCAUUUGACUCUGUUCCAGUAAACGAAAGUAGUUUCAUAUCAACACCAGGAGUUGACAACUCUGGCAUAGGAAUAAUUCCAUUCUGGUCAGUUCUGAUAAAUGGCAUGGGGAAGCAUUCUGACUUGGACUUCAAGAACUCACGACUCAAAAGUGUUUUCAGUAGAAGAUGGACAGAUUUACCGAUUUAGAUUAAUAGGAAUGAUGGGUGUGUAUGCCCUUCGUUUCUCGAUCGACGCCCACCGACUGACAGUGAUAGCUACAGACGGUAACUACAUACAGCCAGUGGAGACAGACUACGUCAUUCUCCAUUCUGGUGAGAGGUACGAUGUGCUCGUAACUGCCAACCAGACUGGUCAGAGUGACUUCUGGAUCAGAGCAGAGACACUGGAGGUUAACACAUCUUCCGAACUGCCACCAUACGAGCCCCUACCUGGUCACGAGGGACUUGCAGUUCUUCAUUACCGUGAAAGAGGCACCAAUUCCUGUGGGCCCAGAGUAUGCAAACAUCAUGGGUGUUCCAAAAAAUUGCAGUGAAGCAUAUGAGUGUACAGCAGUAAACUGCCCUUUUAUGAUGUACCAAUCCUCCUACCAUAUAAAAUGCAUCAACGUCCAUGAACUAAAGUUGCAGUUUCCCUUUCCUCCGGACCUUCUUCCUUCAGCAGAACAUGAUGUACAGUAUGUCCUCAACUUUGCAUUUGAGGGCACUCGGACAAUUUCCUCCAUCAAUGCCAGGGCGUUUCUUCUUCCCAUUAUAUCACCUCAGAUUUUCCCAGACAAAAUAGACGCUGCCAGUGUUUGCGAUCCAAGUGAUACAUGUGAAGACGGCUGUUUGUGCACAAAUAUUCUCAACAUUCCCUAUAACAAGACUGUCAGACUUGUGCUGAGCUCUGGUGGACUGAGUAGGAACCAAAGACGGUUCUCUCACCCUAUACAUCUCCAUGGACAUGAUUUCCAGGUAGUGGCUGUUGGGUAUGGUACAUACAAUGACACAACAGGACAUGUCAUUCAACCAACAGGAGAUAUAAUAUGUGCACCAGGUAGUACUAAAAGCGUGUGUAUUAACCCUUCCUGGAGUGAUAUUGCCCCAAGUUUACCACCAGUGAACGAGUACACCAUUGCAAAGGACACUGUUAUCCUCCCAGCUCUUGGCUACGUAGUGAUAGAUUUCCGGUCUACUAACCCAGGAUGGUGGUUCUUGCACUGCCAUAUGUGGCCCCAUGUAGCAGAGGGGAUGGCCCUGGUAAUUAACGAGGCCCAGGAGAGAUCACCUCCACCGCCGAAAGGUAUAUGCGACCGUGGAAACUUCACAUGGACAGUGGAAGAAUUUAACGAGGCUCUCAAUUAUACGUACACACCACCGUCACCAAUGCCUUCGACAUCAACAACUAUAGCACCAACAACGAUGCCAACACAAUCAACUGGAUCUACUGCAGCACUCUCUCGAGCCAACGAGGAAUGCGACAUGCUAAAAGAUGCCUUUGCGGGAGUGGCUACGGUACUGAUACUGUUCCUAAUAGUCUCUGUCAUUCUCCAGUCUGUAGUCAUUGUCAUUCUGACUCGGAAGAACGCAUGUAGAAAACCAAAAAACAAUGAAGAAAAACUACAAGUUACUACAGUUACAAAUACUGAAGUUGAAGUAAUGCAAACGGAAGAAGUUGCAGAGUUGUAAACAAGUCCAUUGAACUUUUAGUUAGUGAACUUUUAUGGUAGCUACAAAUCUGCAGCUAUUAACUUUGUGUAGUUAUAGAGUGCUUUUAGAGGGUUCCAACCACAUUUUAAAUGUCAUGGCUAGAAUAUUAUAAUAUUAUAGAGAAAUACUUAUUUUU